ACAGGCGAAUCAACACUAGUAAAUGGCAAUCAACAUUGUUUUUCGCUGGUGCAUUUUCUGGCAACCGGAGCAGGCAAAGACAGACACCAUUUGGCAACUGUGCCCUUGUAUUUAUUUACAUUCAUCCUGCACAUGUAAGUGGGCGGCGAAUAUUACAACAUAGGAAAACCAAGAGAAUCUGCAGUUCUGUCGAACUGCUCUACAAAAUGAUUGUAAACAUUGUAUUUCUAUGCAUAGUUUGUUGCCUAACGCAAUCCUCUAAUGGCGACAGUCUUAAGGAAAGCCACAAUUUUUCAAUUGAUUACGCAAAUAAUCAAUUUAUCAAAGAUGGAAAACCUUUUCGCUAUGUGUCGGGAGCCAUGCAUUAUUUCCGUGUUCCAUUCCAAUACUGGCCUGACCGUAUGAGAAAAAUGAGAGCUUCUGGAUUAAAUGCCUUGGAAACGUAUGUGGAAUGGGUAUCCCAUGAGCCACAGCCAGGGUCAUAUGUGUUUGAGGGCAAUUUAGAUAUAGAAUCCUAUUUACAGUUGGCUCAAAAUUUCAACCUUAGUGUAAUCCUGCGGCCAGGCCCAUUCAUUGAUGCAGAAAGAGACAUGGGAGGUUUACCAUUCUGGCUCAUGGCAGUUGAUCCUUCCAUCAAGCUACGUACAAUGGAUAAAAGUUACGUGGCCAGCGUCGAGAAAUGGUUUUCUGUGCUACUGCCUAAAAUCAAACCUUACCUCUAUAACAAUGGAGGUCCAAUUAUCACUGUUCAAGUUGAAAACGAAUAUGGUAGCUAUUCGGCAUGCGACAGAGACUACACAAGUUGGCUAAGAGAUUUAAUUCGAAAACAUCUCGGCAAUGAUGUUGUCCUUUUCUCUACCGAUGGAGAUGGAGAUGGUUACCUUCAGUGUGGCAAAAUACCCGGAGUUUAUGCAACCGUAGAUUUUGGCGCUGGUGCAAAUGCACUGGAAGCUUUUAAGCCGCAGCGUCAUUUUGAGCUUGCUGGCCCAAGAGUGAAUUCUGAGUUUUACCCAGGAUGGUUAGAUUUGUGGGGAGAACCACACUCGAAGGUUGACAAGCGAGAUGUUGCUAAAACGCUGGACGAUAUGCUUGCGCUGAAUGCAUCUGUUUCAAUGUACAUGUUUCACGGAGGAACUUCGUUCGGAUUUACCUCAGGUGCAUUGCCAUCCAAUACUUACACACCUUGCAUCACGUCUUACGACUAUGAUGCCCCGUUAAACGAAGCUGGAGACCCAACGGAAAAAUAUUUUAGCAUAAGGGAUGUAAUCUCCAAGUACUUGCCUUUACCUGAUUUUCCGGCUCCUGGGCCGAAUCCUAAGGCAGCCUAUGGAUUUGUCCAUUUGCAUUACGUAGCACACCUGUGGGAUAUAUUGUCCACUCCAAUCGCUGGACCUUUAGUGCAUUCUAUUUCGCCGUUGACUUUUGAAGCUUUAGGGCAAGCUAACGGCUACGUCUUAUACUGCACAAAGUUGCACGGCCAUUUUCCUGAUCCAGCUCUUUUAGAAAUAAAGGGAUUAGCCGAUCGGGCUUAUAUCUAUAUCGACAUGGAAUUUGUCGGAGUGUUAUCUCGAAGCGGAUCACUCUUUUCAAUUCCAGUCCAAGCCGCUGACAACCAGAAACUCUGCAUUUUGGUGGAAAAUCAAGGAAGAAUAGCCUACGGCUCCGGAAUAAAAGAUUUCAAGGGGCUAACAAGCCAAGUGACAAUUAAUGGUCGAAUCCUGGUGGACUGGACUCAUCGUCCUUUGCCUUUUAAUGACACGGUCAAAUUGGAUUGGCUGAACAAGCUCGAAAAAAAACAGGGUUUCCCCAUCAAAGGAACGUUGUCUUUGUUCAGCGGAUCGUUUGCUAUUCGGCGCAAUGAAUCCAAGAUGGCCGAUACUUUUCUUAGUUUAUCAGGAUGGCAUAAGGGCGUCGUAUUCUUGAACGGCAUUAAUCUCGGUCGUUACUGGCCUGUUCAAGGUCCUCAAGUAACUCUCUAUGUUCCAAAAUACUUUCUACGAGCGUGGCCGUCGAAGAACCGCCUGAUCAUCCUAGAACAGGAUCGCUCACCUUGUAAUGAAAAUGUACUGGAUUGCGUAGUUGAAUUUGUCGCAAAACCAGUUUUAGAUGGUGAUACGCCUGCCAAGAAAAGCUCUAUCAAGCUUUUUAAGAAGCGUGUUUAAAAUGAAAACACUUUCUUCGGUCAAAGUCGUUGCUGAAAUUAACAUUCUGGUUUUUGGAUAUAGUAGCUAACUCACUGCUGCCUUGAAUUAGAGAAGCAAAGCCAAAGGUUUGUUAUACUUAAACAUAAUAUACAAACAAACAAACAAAAAUAUUGGGUCGUGCUGUUCCGGGAUUUAUCCCGCAUUGUAAACAUUUAAUGAUUUUGUUUAAACGUGAAAAAUGCAAUGCACAGUUGGGGAUUUCA